CUCACACUCAGGGAGCCCGGACAUUUCCUCCCUGCAGCCGCCUACGGCUAUGGACCCUACAACUGCGGCUAUGGAAUCCAGCUCCAGCCCUUCCACCCUCACUCAGCCCUCAUCGCCUUCCAAUCCCAGCACAGACAGCCAGCCAGUGCCCCCACCAUGGCAGCCCCCCCCGCCCUGCUAACAGCCGACCUGCCCAGGACCUGUACCUUCUACCCCCAGCACCUCAACCCGGCCCUCCAGGGGCCCCUCCACACUGCCAAGAGCAGCGCCAGAUCCACCUUCUCCAUCGACAGCAUCAUAGGUGGGGAGCUCAGCCCUGGACAGUGUACCUCUUCCAAAGCCCCUGGGGCCCCUCCUGUCCUCUCCAGGGCCCUGGUGACUUUCUCCGGCUCCCCUGCUGCUUUAGGUGGGGCCCUGCAGCCCGGAACUGUGCUCACCAAUGGGGAACCCUAUGCCACUAGGAUCUCAAACUCUUAA